UAAAGUACGUUUUUGUUGGCGGUUGGUUAGAAUGCUGGAAUUUUGAUGUUGUGGGUGGCUUCAGUGGCUCUGUAGUGCAUACACAACUACCCAUACAUCGUCUCUCCGUGUCGUCAAUUUACAAAUUGUGCCGCAAAAUGAAUGCAGCCGACGAUGAUGACCAGGAGUUUGUCAUUGAUGAGUGUGACAUUCUGGAUGAAGUUUCCAUAGACGACGAAGACCUUCCAGAUGCUUAUGAUGACCAAUAUUCUGAUUCCGAACAUUCCGUUGAUGCCGAUGAUUCUGUGCAUACAUUCACUCGUCAUAAAGAGGAGUUGUACUCAGCUGCAUGCAGACCAAGCGAUGCAACAGAGCAUGAACCAUGGGAGUUGUACUCAGCUGCUUGCAGCCCAAGCGAUGCAACAUUGGUGGCAACAGGGGGUCGAGAUGACAGAGGAUUUCUCUGGAAUAUUGGCAAUGAAGUUUGGUAUUCUGAGCUAAAGGGUCAUAUGGAUUCUGUAUCUAGUUUAGCUUUUAGCCACGAUGGACAGUUUCUUGCUUCGGGAUGUUUAGGUGGAAUUGUUCAAGUAUGGGAUGUUUUGGGAAAUCUGAAAGGCACACUGGAGGGUCCUAGAGGGGGAAUUGAGUGGCUUAGGUGGCAUCCGAGAGGACACAUACUCUUAGCUGGUUCGGAGGAUUCCACAGUUUGGAUGUGGAAUGCUGAAAGAGCUGCUUUUGCUAAUAUGUUUGUUGGUCAUGGUGCUAGUGUGACCUGUGGUGAUUUUACUCCUGAUGGGAAAAUAAUAUGUACCGGUUCAGCGGACGCAACUUUGAGAAUCUGGAAUCCAAAGAGUGGAGAAAGCAUUCAUGGACAUCCGUAUCAUACUGAGGGACUAACAUGCUUGUCAAUAAGUUCAUCAUCAACCCUUGCCCUUACCGGUUCCGGUGCCAUUCCCGAUUCCAGUUCCAAGGAUGGAUCUGGAUCUGGAUCUGCCCAUAUUGUGAAUAUCUCUACUGGGAAGGUUAUUAAUACCGUGGUUUCUCAUUCAGGGUCCAUUGAAUGUGUUGGCUUUUCACCAAGUGAUUCCUGGGCUGCAAUUGGGGGAUUGGAUAAAAAACUUGUCAUCUGGGAUGUAGAACAUUCCUUAUCCCGUUCCACUUGUAACCAUGAGGAUGGAGUGACAUGUUUGGCGUGGCUUGAUGCUUCGAAUUUGGCCACAGGAUGCUUGGAUGGAAAUGUAAGAUUAUGGGAUAGCCGGUCCGGUGAAUGCACAACCACAUUCCGGGGGCAUUCAGCUGCCAUUUAUGCUCUUUGUGUGUCUGCUGAUAACAAGUACCUUGUUUCGGCUUCAUACGAUGGAACAGCUCGUGUCUUUGAGCUUGGCAGUUAGUAGUAAUCAUCAAGCAAAUCCCCCUCUCGGCCAGCCUGCCCGUUUAUUUGUUGGGGCGGGAUUUAUUUUAAAGGAAAUAUUUUUACUUAUUAUUGUUUAUGGUAGGAGUUAAAAGUUGUUGCUUAAAUUAAAUAUUUACAGUUGUGUAGCCUAUGGUUUGAAAAAGCUACCAGUUCAAAAGAUAAAGGAAUGCAAUCCUAAAAUUUAGGAGUUCAAUCCUAAA